AUGACAGACACCACUGAAGCUGCUCAACCUACUGAAUCUGAGCCCAUCCCUCAGUUCACUUUCAAGAAGCGUUCCAAGAACAAGGGCAACUUUCGCAAGAAGCCCGCCACCCCACCACCUGCGUCCGACUCAGACUCGGAUUUCGCAUCUGAAGACGAUGGUGAAGGGAAGCGCAUCAAGAGGCGACGGACAAACGGCGUUGUGACUGCUUCGUCGACUGCAAACAAACCCCGACAAGAUACUACUACUAACCAGUCCUCGAGCACUGGCCCUACUCCGUUAUCGAAAAGCAACGACGCAACCAAGGCUACAGAUUGGUACGAAGAAGAAAACUUGACCGCGAAGAAUCUACUAGGAUCUACGAGGACACGACCAGAACCAUCCUCCGAUUCCACGCCCGAUGGAAACUACAAGGGAACAUCCAACUAUAAAUCAUUUAUCCAGAAAAGCGUCGAUGCACCCAAAAAGUUUGGUCCCAUCAAGGCAGCUACCAACGUUCGCACAAUUACAGUUACGGAUUUUGCCCCCGAUGUAUGCAAGGACUACAAACAGACUGGAUACUGUGGCUUUGGAGACUCGUGCAAGUUCCUCCACGCCCGUGAGGAUUACAAGCAAGGAUGGGAGCUGGAUCGCGACUGGGAAAUAGGUACCAAGGGCAAAAGCAUGGGUGGCCGAGUGACAUCGCAACGGAAAGGUGCAGGAAUGGCUGCUAAGGAUGACGAUGAUGAUGACGAUGAUGAGUUCCUAGAGAAUAUUCCUUUCGCCUGCGUUAUCUGUCGGAAACCUUAUCAAAAGCCCAUUGUCACCACAUGUGGGCAUUAUUUCUGCGAGUCAUGUGCCUUGCAACGUUAUCGAAAGAGUCCAACAUGUGCAAUCUGCGGUGGGGGAACAGGUGGUGUUUUCAACUCCGCAAAGAAGCUUAGAGCUUUGCUGGAGAAGAAGCGAGAACGUGCGAGAAAACUUCGAGAAAAGGCUAUUGCAGCUGGGGAAGAAGUCAGCGAGGAGGAGGAAGAGGACUGA